AUGAAACGCUUCUCACUCUUAUUCCUUUUCUACUUCUGCCACUCAACUUUGGCUGACACUUGCUAUUGGCCUAAUGGCAAAGCUGCCCCUGAUAAUUGGAUGCCGUGUCCCGGUUCAAAACACUGUUGUGCAUCUGGCGAAGCCUGUCUAUCCAACAACCUUUGCAUUGCGGGGAAAUAUAUGACAGUCUACCGAGGAGCAUGUACCGAUAAAUCGUGGCCUAUAUCAGAAUGCCCUCGAAUCUGCUACGAAGAAAUCGACGGCGGAUGGGCUAACCUAUAUCCUUGCCCUACAAAUAACAAUGAAGUUUUCACCUGCGGAGGCUCAGGAUGGUCUUCUUCCGUUUGCGACGCUCAGCUGGGUAACUUUACCUGGGUCGAGAGUAAUGUCACGGUGGCGCAGUUAGGAAUUCCCACCUCAUCAUCCGCGGUCAGCUCAGCAACCGCGACUUCAUCGACUUCUCAAUCUACGGAUACCUCGACUUCCCAAACAAGUUCGACGGUUUUGACCUCGGGCUCGCCAGAGGAAUGCGAAAGCCCCUUGGGGGCCGAACUUGGAAUUGGGCUUGGGAUUGGUGCGCCCCUUGCGAUUGCAGCCGUGACAAUGUUCUGGCUCUACAUGCGAACACGGCGUCAGAUGCAAGUUCUGCAGCAGAGACUGAAUGAGAAGGGUGGUAACCUACAGUCUGCUCCACCGGUCUACCAAUCUCCUCCCAGGGAGCUAGAUGCCGAGGAUACAAAUUGGCCGAAAGUGUAUCGGUCGGAAUUAAGUUGA